CUUGGUGGUAAGUAUAAGGCGAGAGCUACUAAUCAAUGUGAUGUUCGUGCUUAUUUCUAUGAAGGAUACUGUGAUAAUUAGACCUAGCUACUUCGGGUCAGACAUGAAGGAAAUCAUAGAACAGGAGUUAAAUGCUCGCUUUUGUGGAAAAGUUAUAUAUAAAGUCGGUCUGUGCGUUUCAUUAUGGGACAUUUUAAAAGUUGAGGAAAGUUUCAUAUCAGAUAGUGACGGUGCUUAUUAUACUGCAGUGACCUUCCGCAUUGUUUGUUUUCGUCCAUUUAUUGAUGAAAUUCUUAUUGGGAUCGUAAAAUCUGUUUCAAAAAGUGGUCUUCGUGUAUCAUUAAACUUUUUUGAUGACAUUCUUAUACCUGCAGAAAAACUACGAUCACCAUCAAGAUAUGAUUAUGAACAAAAUGCAUGGAUAUGGGAAUAUGCUUAUGAAGGUGAAACAGCUGAAUUACGCAUCGAUAAACAUGAUACUAUACGAUUUCGAGUUGUAGAAGAAAUUUGGACUGAUCCUAAUCCGGAUAACGAGAAGACGACGACAAACUCAGAUCCCACUGAGACUGAUGCAAAUGCAGACACCUUAACUGAAUCCAAGGCUCCAUAUACUUUAAUAGGUUCAGUUGUUGCUGAUGGACUAGGUGUAACCUGUUGGUGGGUCAACUGAUCUCUGCAUCACUCUCUAUAUCGAUUUCUGGUUCCUCUUCUCGAUCAUGUGAGAGAAUGGAAUUGUGUUUUUUUUCUUAAAAUAUCACCGCGGAUCAUAUACACAGAGAAAGAAAAAGCGUGUGCGUGACCCUCCUCCAACAAAACCAACAAACAAAUAACAUCAAAAUAAAACACAGCUCAUUAUUUAUUAUUUUUGUAAUAUUGUUGUGACCAGACAAGAAAAUAGAAUAAAGAAGUAUUGAAUUGUGUGUGUGUUACCAUUAUUGUUAUCAUU